AUGCAACAAGAAAAUGUCGAAGAUGAUACACCACCCGCCUCCGUUUCGUCACUGCGCUCACGCUUUGAGCAAAUGACAUCCUCGAGAUCGCAUCAAGCAGCACCCGAAGUACCAAAGCCCCUCAGACCAGCACAUACAGGCGUCGACCCGUUCAGAGAAUCACAUGAGAGCUACACGCGAGCCUCUCUGGACAUUCCCCGAGAAGCCUACUCCUGUAGCCCUGCAGCGCCCCCCGCCAAGAAGUCGUACCGCGAAUACCUUUCGGCGACCGUUCCUGGGCGACUCGGCGGUCAGGGCCCCCGCCAGCGACCGCUCUCAAUGUACAGCACAUUCUCUCCGCCGCUGUCACCUCCGACGUUUCGCGUUGAGUCGCCAAGAUCUCCCCCGUGUCCGCCGCCGCCGCUAAACAUAGAUGCCCGGGAUAAAUCGCCGGAAAGACCAACACCCGCACCCGCGGUUCUCAACGCGCCGUUGAAUAGCACUAAUGCACCAGCCAGGCCCUACAGUAAUAAUAAGGUUCCGAGCCGUGGAAGCACGCCAUCGCCUGGUACAGAGAAGCGCGCUGCGCCCCCACCUCCCCCACCACCUCCGGUGUCUGCUUCGGUAAGGGCUGCCGUGAGACCACCCGCGCCGCCGGCGCCCGCGCCAGUUUCAUGCUUUGAUGACCCGCCAAAUUUUGAUCGUAGACCGAGCCUGCCAAACAAUAGUAUUGCGGUGAGACGGGCGCCGCUGAGUCCGGCGUUGCAGGUGGUGCAUGACGAGCAUAAUUGCGCACCGCCGAUCCCGGCAAGGACUUCGAAACCGAAGAUCACAAGUAAGCCGCCCAUGAUACCCCCGAAAAACACAAGACCGGAUUUUGCAGGGAUUGCGCUGGCAGCGCCGACGACGUCCUCGGAGGAACGGGUAUCGCCGUUUAGCACGCCACCGUCGAGUGCAAAUAACUCGCCGAGUAGGUCGGAUAAUGAGGCAGGGCCAAGGCCGAAAAUUCAGGGCAAGAUUACAAACAACUCGGCCUAUUAUGCUCCCCCGCCGUUGAGCUACAACCCACCCCCACCCCCACCGAUACCCCCGAAUGCGAACGCAACACGAGAGAGGAAUGGGAAUGUUAUUGAUGUGAGGGCGAAUAAGCCGGCACCACCGCCACGAGAGAGGAAUGGGAACGUUAUUGAUGUGAGGGCGAAUAAGCCGGCACCACCGCCACCGCCGAGGAUGUCAAGGGAGGAGGUUAGGCCAAGGAUGAAAUUUGAAGAUUCGGUUCGUGGGCAGCGGACAUCGUUGGAUGACGCUGGGUUGAGGCCGGAUUUGCCGCCGAGGCCAAUUGGAGGGGGUAUAAUUGGAGGGAUCAAGGCUAGGGUUCCGAGCAUGAGGGGACGGAGUUAUUCGCCUCCUAGACAUGCUGAACCUGCUGUUCCUGAAAGGCCUGUACCUAAUCCCUCAGCAUUUCUUCCGCCGCCAAAAAGGCCUGGAACAAAGAGCAAUUCGCCGUCACGGCAACCAUCACUUGCUAGGAGUAACACUUUUAUUGGGAGCUCAGGAGGCGACCGGAAUACUGGCUAUGGUGAUGACUCGGAUGAGGGUGCUGAUGAUCAGUCGUCGCUGAGCGAGUAUCCGGAUUCGUCACAGGCAAACAGAAGGCUCCCAUGCUUCAAGACCGGCGUACGAGAAAUCCCAUGUAAAUAUGAUGUCCGAUUGUUCGCUGUCUGCGGGAAGUAUGUCUGUACUACAAGCCACUCAACGAACGUGUGGAACAUAGAGACCGGUCAGUGUAUAAUGUCGCUCCCCCACUCUGAGGGCACGCGGAUAACUGCAAUUGCCUUCAAGCCCUCAAUCAAGGUUCAGGAUGAGGGCCGACAGCUGUGGCUGGGUACCUCACACGGUGAGCUGCUGGAGGUGGAUAUUGCGGGGCAGCGGGUGAUCGACUCAAGGUCAAGCGCACAUGUUAAGAAGGAGAUUGUCCAGAUCCACCGCUGCGGGUAUGAGCUGUGGACGCUCGAUGAGGGUGGGAAGUUACAAGUGUGGGGUCCGGAUGUGAACGGCGUGCCAAAUCUAAAGAACUCGCCGACGACCUUUAGAAUCCCGAAUAAGCACACAUUCUCACUCGUUGUUGAUGGGCUGUUAUGGAUAGGCGCGGGGAAGUCGGUGCAUGUCUAUCAACCCAGUACAGAUCCAAGUAUACCUUUUAACCUGACACAACGACCGUUGGCACCAAGUAAGCCGACAGGUGAGAUCACUUGUGGUGCGGUGGUGAAUAGUGAGCCAGGGAAGAUAUAUUUUGGGCACUCGGAUGGCAAGGUUUCGACCUACUCGAGGACGCAGCUUACGUGCAUCGACGUCAUUAGUAUCUCGCUGUAUAAAAUCAACUCCAUGAGUGGUGUUGGGGAUUAUUUGUGGGCCGGGUUCAAGACUGGGAUGAUUUACGUUUACGAUGUCCGCUCGAAGCCAUGGCGGGUACUGAAGGACUGGCAAUGCUCAAACGGACCUGUAGUCCAAUUAAUCGCCGACCGAACCAGCAUCUGGAAGACCGGCCGCCUGCAAGUCGUCUCUCUUGGCGUGGACAAUAUCAUCCGUCUCUGGGACGGUAUGCUUGAAGACGACUGGCUCGAAGGCGAGAUGCAAAAGCGCGAUGCCGAGUUUUGCAGCUUCCGCGAGAUCAAAGCUCUGAUUUGCACCUGGAACGCCGGCGCCUGCAAGCCGCAGGACCUGCUUAAAGACGCCGAUGACCGCGUUUUCCUCGAAAACGUGCUCACUAGCGUCGAGUCACCAGAUGUCAUUGUCUUUGGCUUCCAAGAGCUUGUCGAUCUCGAGAACAAGAAGCUUACGGCGAAAACCCUUCUCAAGGGCGGGAAGAAGAAGAAGGCCGCUGAUCACCAAGCUCAUAUGUCGCACCAAUAUCGUCUUUGGCAACAACAGCUCACAAAGUCAAUCGAAACCCACCUCCCACGAGACGAACCCUAUACUCUCCUACACUCAGCAAAUCUCGUGGGUCUCUUCACCUGUAUCUUUGUCAAGUCCGCCGAACGCCACUCAAUCCGAAACGUCAGCGCUGCAACCGUCAAACGUGGUCUCGGUGGUCUCCACGGAAACAAGGGCGCCCUCAUCAUCCGUUUCCUUCUCGAUGACUCGUCACUUUGUUUCAUCAACUGCCAUCUUGCCGCUGGCCAGUCACACACCGUCUCCCGAAACAACGAUAUUGCCGCAAUUCUUGAGUCUUCUAGCCUUCCUGCUGAUCCAGCACAAGAUAUUUUUGUCGGUGGAGGCGACGGUAGCAUGAUUCUUGAUCAUGAAAUCUGUAUCCUUAACGGAGACUUGAACUACAGAAUCGACAUGCACCGCGACUCGGUCAUCUCGAGAGCCAAGAACCUCGAACUCCCUGCAUUGCUUGAGCGUGACCAGCUUCUCAUGGAGCGGAAGCGGAAUCCCGGCUUCAGACUACGCGCGUUCAAUGAGUCGCCCAUCACGUUUAGGCCGACAUAUAAAUACGACGUAGGGACGGACACAUACGAUAGCAGUGAGAAGAAGCGGUCGCCGGCGUGGUGUGAUCGAUUGCUGUAUAGAGGGCUCGGGAAGAUCAAGCAGACGGAUUAUCGGAGAUGGGAGGUCAGGACAAGUGACCAUCGGCCGGUGUCGGGUGUGUUUGCGGUUAGGCUGAAGACAGUGGAUAAAGCCAGGAGAGGGCGUGUGUGGGAUAUGUGUUGUCAAGGGUAUGAGGCGGUGAGGGAGAGGCAUGUGUGGGAGGCUAAGAUGGACUUUCUAGUCAACGUGUUAGGCUACCAAAUUGAAGAUGCACAGCGAAGUAUAGAGACACAGAAGGGCAUGGUCAGUGCCGUGGAGAGUCUACAGGCGGGACUGUAG